AAAUCGGAUGCUGACGCCACAAUUGCGCUGGUGCUGUUUUGUCACGGAAGGCUCGAAGCGAACUGCAAUAUUAGUGGCAAACCGAGCCUGCCGACAGGCUGUGGUGAUCAGUGUUAGGCUUAACUUUGCUUUAGUCGUGAUUGUAGUUGAAAAGCGUGCCUGUGGCUAUUAACAAGCGAUUCUGCACACGCCGGACGCAGGUGGCGAUGGCGAAGCGAGCCAAGCAAGCCCAUUUCUCGGAUUCCGAGCAUUCUGAAAGUGAUGGAUCAUCGUCGAACUCGAGCGAGCGGAAGCCAUUGUCAAAAGAAAGCAGCGGAGCAAAACUUGCCAUGAAAAAGCAACCGAAGAUGAUUGACACGAUAAUCGACGCAGUGGAUAACGUUGAUGACAGGAAAGGUGCAACUCCCAUGUACAUAAAGAAAUUCAUACUCGGCAAGUACCCUGAAAUGGAUACUCAGCUUUUCAAGGCGAGAUUCAAAAGGACCUUCAUAAAGGCAAUCGAGAACCACGUGCUGGUAAGGACAAAAGCAACGGAACACGCUGAAGGCGUGACCGGGCGGGUCAAGCUGGCGGUGAAGACGAAGCCUCGCAAAAAAAUUACGUCUCCAGGUUCCUCGUCGGCAGCAUUGCCUUCAGCUCCAGGGCAGUCAUCGAACGCCGCAGGUAAGAAGGCUAAACGUGGCGAUGUCGACGCGAAGAAAGUUGCAACCGGCGAGGCGAAGGCCAAGAAGGCUGCUCCCGGCGAGGCGAAGGCCAAGAAGGCUGCUCCCGGCGAGGCGAAGGCCAAGAAGGCUGCUCCCGGCGAGGCGAAGGCCAAGAAGGCUGCUCCCGGCGAGGCGAAGGCCAAGAAGGCUGCUCCCGGCGAGGCGAAGGCCAAGAAGGCUGCUCCCGGCGAGGCGAAGGCCAAGAAGGCUGCUCCCGGCGAGGCGAAGGCCAAGAAGGCUGCUCCCGGCGAGGCGAAGGCCAAGAAGGCUGCUCCCGGCGAGGCGAAGGCCAAGAAGGCUGCUCCCGGCGAGGCGAAGGCCAAGAAGGCUGCUCCCGGCGAGGCGAAGGCCAAGAAGGCUGCUGCCGGCGAGGCGAAGGCCAAGAAGGCUGCUGCCGGCGAGGCGAAGGCCAAGAAGGCUGCUGCCGGCGAGGCGAAGGUCAAGAAGGCUGCUGCCGGCGAGGCGAAGGCCAAAAAGGGCGCUGCCGGCAAGCCAAAGACCUUGAACACAAUCAAGAAAACUGAUGACGUAGAUGAGCGCUCCAGCGAAGGCGACGACGUGGGAGAGCGCUCCAGCGAAGGCGACGACGUGGGAGAGCGCUCCAGCGAAGGCGACGACGUGGGAGAGCGCUCCGGCGAAGGCGACGACGUGGGAGAGCGCUCCGGCGAAGGCGACGACGUGGGAGAGCGCUCCGGCGAAGACGAGGAGGCGGAUGAGCGUUCCGGCGAAGACGAGGAGGCGGAUGAGCGUUCCGGCGAAGACGAGGAGGCGGAUGAGCGCUCCGGCGAAGACGAGGAGGCGGAUGAGCGCUCCGGCGAAGACGAGGAGGCGGAUGAGCGCUCCGGCGAAGACGAGGAGGCGGAUGAGCGCUCCGGCGAAGACGAGGAGGCGGAUGAGCGCUCCGGCGAAGACGAGGAGGCGGAGAUAAGUGCCAACGAAAACGAGAAACGUGCCAGCGAAUGCGAGGAGGGGGAGCAUAGCGCCAGCAAAAGUGGAAUGAAGGAUCACGCCAGCGAAAGCGACGAGGAGUCUGCCACCAUCAACUCCAAAAGUAGAGACGCCGAAGCUAAACCGGUCAGAGGUGCCACUUCAAAGAUGACUUCGGGGCAGCAGAAGCCUGGAAAGAUAGUCAAUCGCCGCAAAGCUGUGGACGAUGGCGGAGAGUUAAACAUCGCGGCAAUUGUGUCAGAGUCCGAACCAGCACGGCCCCGUCCAAGAACAGCUCGUCGAGGAAAGAAAUGAAAAUCGAAACAUUUAACCCCAUGCUCCAUACCAUGUUACGCUUUUAUUUGCAUGUUUUUAUCAUUGCCUAAUGACAAAUUUUAUGGAGUGGCGCGAAACGCUUGCUUUUGAAAUCGUUUGAAGCACACCUAGCUGAAUGCACAUGUGGCUGGAAAAUAAAAGUUCAUUCGCUACCUUGUA